ACAGACAUUCAGUUAUCUAUUCAUCCAUCGCUAUACUAACAACUCUCAGUCAGUCAUCAUCUCUUUAUUUGUGCAUUUGUUGGGUCUAUAAGUUGUUAUCGUUAUUGUUAUCCAUAAGAUAUUCAAAACAUCGUUGAAACACACAUUUGAAGUAAAAACCUGUCACUGUCUCUAUCAUAACAUCUUUUUAUUGAUUACCUUAUAUUCAUUGGAUGGUAUCGACAGUACAUAAAACUUUAUAGUGUUUAUGUGUUUAUAUCACUUGGAAAUGUAUCACUUGAUGACUACUUCUUAUUGGUUUCAGAUGAAAUGAAUUAGUAAAGGGAAAGGGAGAUGAAAGCUGUUUAAGCGACUUAUUUGAAACCACUCUUAUAAUCAUAUUUAUUGUGGCAAUAAUUACAUCAUAAUGACUGAGGGAAGUGAAUCAGAUGCCGGUAAUACCAUCGACAGUCCGUCACAGACCAUAACGACUACUAUGACGACAAACAUAUCGAAAGGACAGCUUUUUGGACCAUUUCAUAAUCCAUUACAUUGGUUAUCACUCAAGUCAUGCGACACUAAUAAUAAUGACGAUAAUAAUAAUAAUAAUAACACAAACAGUUCACCAAUGGAUCAACUAUUCGCCAAAGUAGAGAUCGCACGGCAUUCUGGCGAACAAAAUCUGAAAGUAAUUUACAAAAACGGAAACUUUUAUUUCAAAGCAAUGCGUGAUAUUAACCUAAAUAACGACUCGUCUAACAGUCAAACACCACCAGAAACAGGCAAACUCUACGCCUGGUUUAGCCACGACUUGGAGAGCCGACUGCCCAGUGGUUCGUCCAGUUGUCUGAACGGAAGCACCAGAUAUUUCUGUCCGCUCUGUAAUCAAGUCUUUCUAUACAGCAAUUGUGUGGUCACUCAUAUAUUAUGCAUUUGUCCAAAACGUAUUCAAAUUGAUUCAAUACCGUUGACUACAAAUAACAAUAGCCGACACACAGAUUCAAAAUCCAGUGCCACUACUGGCAUAACCUCCACGAGUAACGGAUCGACAUCUGAAGUAAAGCCAAUAACCAAGAAAAAGCGUGGCUUUGAUAUCGCGUCUCUUGUAAGAGAAGAGUCAAACGAGUCGUUUCCCGGCACUAAACGCAAUAAGUUAUCGCCACAUGAAUCGGUAAAAUGUGAUCAAAUGGUCAUCGAUUCGAGUGCUUUUCAUCGGCCAAAAUCACCGACUCUUACAUCACGUAAACCAAGUCUUACAUCACUUGAAACACAUAGUAAUAUGAUGUCCACUGCAAUGAUGUCGAGUGCUUUCAAGAAAGUUGACAACAAAAUUAAUUCAAUAACAAAUCCAUACGACUUCUCCACACUCUAUCAACGUAUGGCCACUACUUCAAUGUUAACUUCGGGCACUUCCUCAGCGGCCAGUAAUUCAUUGCUUAAUCCUAUGACAUUUCCAAUGCCCAGCACUGCAACCAUUCCCACAUCAUUGUCUAGUACUCACAGUAAACCAUUGGUAUCUAACACUUUGUUACCAUAUUUGCCGCCAUCGUUGGCCGCAUUGACAUUCCCGACAACCAAUUGGUGCGCCAAAUGCAACGCAUCUUUUCGUAUGACAUCCGAUUUGGUUUAUCACAUGCGAUCUCACCAUAAGACCACUAUUGGUGGCGACACCAUAAAAAAGAAAAGGGAAGAAAAACUCAGAUGUAAUAUAUGUAAUGAAACGUUCAGAGAAAGACAUCAUCUCACGAGACAUAUGACAUCUCACCAGUGA